AUGAUGCUCCUCAUAACGGAGGCGUUUCCUCUUGAGCCUCUAUUGAAUGCUUCGUCUUUAGAGCGGCUCCAUCAGAGCGGCUCCAUCAGAGCGGCUCCAUCAGAGCGGCUCCAUCAGAGCGGCCUGGUCGGCCUCGUCUUUACUGAUGAGAUGAUGUUGAUGAGAUCCAUGAUAGCUGGUUGUGUCUUCACAGAGGUGACCUUCACACGGACACUCCAUGUGAUGAAGCUGCUUUCACAGGACUGGGGUCCGUCAGUGAGUGAUGUCAUCGCUCUGCCAGCAGCUGAUUGGUCCACAGACAGCAGUCUCCGAACGACUGAAGGUGAACUCGUCAUGGAUCCGAACAGCUUCGAAGGACUGAAUGAAAUCCGUCCGUCCGUCUAUCGAGUCUCCAUGAAGCUUCUGUCUCUGCAGAGACUCAGUCACAUGGAUGUGGUGUCUCUUCGACACAUCACGGCAGCCCUCCAAUCAGUGGGCGGAGCUAAGCUGCAGCAGGAAGUUGUGUUGAACAGACAGGAAGUGACCCGGAGGCUAAACAGGAUGUUCCACAGCGUGUCCCAGGAAGUGCCGGGUCAUGUGACCGGAGAGGCUCCAGAGGAGAUCUGUAGUCUGAUGUUCAGGCUCAACGACCGAAAUCAGUCUGGUUUUAUUUCUACUGCUUCUCUUCAAACUUCUCUCAUCGCUUUGUCAGCAGAAACUCUGCUGGUUAAAUACAGAGCGCUGGUGAGUGUUGCAGAGAACUGUUCAGGAUCAGUCAGCCGGUCUGGACUCAGGUCUUUGCUGCAGGACCUCAGCCAGGUUCCUGCGGCGGUGCAGGAGGAGGUGUUCUGCGGCGUGGAGGCGGCAGUGAGCUCGUGUUUUAACGGGGUGUUCACCCCGACGGCAAGUGAACAACACGUGUUGUCAUGGCUGCAGAGCGAGCCCCACCUGUUGCUAUGGUUACCCACUCUGUAUCGCCUGUCUGUCAGUCAGAACGUCAGUCACACCGUCCGCUGCCACACCUGUAAGACCCUCCCCAUCACCGGGCUCAGGUAUCGCUGUAUGAAGUGUGUGAACGUCCACCUGUGUCAGAGCUGCUUCCUGACAGACAGACAGACCAGGAAACACAAACCUCACCAUCCAGUGCUCGAGUUCUGCACACAGCCCACCUGGAGGGAGUCUCUGUCCUCGUUAGUGCGCAGCGCUCGUCAGGCCUUGUUGCCACGGCGUUACACUCGGAGAGAGGACAACAGUAGGAGGGUCCUGAUGUGGGCGGAGCCAGGGGAGACUCAGGACAGUGCCCCACCUCCCUGCAAUGCCUCAACACGAUUGGCUGCCUCAACUGUCAGUCACAGUUCCUCCUCUGACAAAGAUGGAGCCAACGAUGCAUCGGGUCAACCUCCUCCUUCCUCCUCCUCCUCGUCUUCAUCAAAGGCUCUGCACACUGACGAAGAAACUCAACAGCUGAAGACGUCCGUUCUGCUGACAGAGGUCAGAAACUUGCAGAGAGACAAAUGGCUGAUGGAACAGGAGCUGCAGGUGUGGAGGCUCACUGUCCAAUCAGAGCAGGGCAUCCUUGAGGACAGGUGCUCUGAGAUGGAGGUUACCAUGGAAACGCUGAGAGAACACAACCUCCGUCUGCAGCGCUCACUCACACAGGCUCUGAACAAGAUGGAGGUUCAACAACAUGCCAACAAUAUGCCACAAAACGUAGACACAGAGGACAGUGAGGACAAGGACGACAUGGAGGACACUGAAGAUAGUGAGGACACAGCGGACAAGCAGGAGACAGAGGACACGGAGGACACUGAAGAUAGGGAGGACACAGAGGACAAGGAGGACACUGAGGAAAGGGAUGACACAGAGGACAUGGAGGACACUGAAGAUGGGGAGGACACAGAGGAAAGGGACGACAAGAAGGAGGACGAGUGGAGCGAGGAAGAACUACAAACUCUAUCUCCCACAAUGCACCAGGACACACCUCUGUCACAUGACAUCCACUAUGAAGAGGAUACUGCAGGUGACUGGCUGCUCUUUCAUCCAAUGGGACAACAGAAUGGAUCAGAGCCGUCCGGGCCACAGGAAGAGGACACCUGUCCGUCUGAAGAAGAGGAUUGUGGGACAUGUAGUCCAGAGGAGAUGCUGCAGGAGAAUGUAGAGAGACUGAAGGCAGUGAUGGAGACAGACAGGUGGAGAGAAAGACAGACAGGUGAGAGGAAGAGGGCGGAGCUUCUGCAGGCUGCAGACCAGGUGGGAGACUCCAUACGCCACCUGGUGGACGCUGUGAGAACUGACACACACUGA